AUGGCUAUGUUGGGUGCAUUGAAACGACUGUCUUGGGAACUUCAUGAAUUGGACCUGGGACACGAGGUAGAGCGGAUACAAGGGCCCCCCACACCGGCAAACUUCCUUCGUGAAUACGUGUCUGCCAACAAGCCUUGCAUUUUCACAGGUUGUGUUGAGAGCUGGCAUGCGACAAACAAGUGGUCCCGUGACUAUCUGCUGGACAAGUGUGGGGACACGGCAGUGACCAUUGAUGUCACAUCGAAUGGACGGGGCGAUGCGGUGACGAUAGCAGAGAUGGAAGAUGGCAACACACUGGAGUGCUUUGCACAGCCCUGGCAGGAGAAGAUGAGUUUUGGUGAGUUUGUUUCUUACCUGGAGUCGAGCCGUGAGUCUACACCGCCCAUUGUACCAUAUCUUCAGAAACAGAACAACAACUUGCUUGAAGAAUUUCCCCAACUUCGUGGAGACAUUGAGGAUGCAGGCCCGCAUUGGGCGAUGGAAGCAUUUGGUGCUCCACCUGAUGCUGUGAACUUGUGGGUUGGCGAUGAGCGAAGUGUGACAUCUUUUCACAAAGACCACUAUGAGAACAUCUACGUCGUGAUUGCUGGCACAAAGACCUUCACACUCCUGCCACCAAGCAGUGUUUACCGCUUGCACCUUGGAACAUAUCCUGCCGCCUCCUACACGAGGGUCCCAAAAGGGGACCUGGUUGUUCAGCUGGAAGAGCCACCCCGUACUGUUGUGUGGAGCCCUGUGGAGCUACCUUCCAGUGAGCCAGGAAGCCCUUCGGCAGCCACUGCUGCCAAUCGGUGGCCGCUCUUUUUCGCUGAGGACCUGCCAGGGCCGAUGCGCUGCGAAGUGAGGGCUGGGGAAGUGCUGUACCUACCCAGCCUGUGGCACCACCAUGUCACGCAGACCGCCAACGAUGAGGGAUGGGUGGUGGCUGUCAAUUUUUGGUAUGACAUGAAAUUCGAUGCUAAAUACGCUUAUCUCAAGUUGGUUGAGGAUCUUGCGGCACAGGCAGGCUUGGGGCCCUCAACCAUGCAAGGAUGUUCGGAUGGCUGA